UUUAGGGAGGUGCAGUGAAGACGCUGCACUUGGCCGGCUCGCCUCUUGGCUGGGACUCUGUCUUUCCAGUAAGAUGUCUGCUGUACGGAGGUGUAUAACCCUAAUGGCUUGUUGUAUGCCAUUAAAAGAUGGAGGUGAGGCUUCUCCAGGCCUACGUAAUAGAUCUGAGCGACCAGAAUGACAUCUUGAUGCAGACCGUGGAGGAGCUGCAGAACCGAACAGUCCUGAAGAUGGCUGCAGUGGAGGCUGAAUUUCAGCGCCCGACCCCGGCUCAGCGCCCGAUGCCAGCUGAAAGCCUUUCAAGAUCCACAGCCACGCAGACAGUGUCUCCUUGGCCAGGGCAGAGGAUGAAGCGGAGGUCUCUGGGGGCAGCCGAGGAGCCCCUUCCCUUGGAAACACAGCUUCUACAGCGAGAGGAGGCUGUUCAUGGCCAGGAGGAGGCGAACGCAGAGCUUCUGGAGAAGGAACAGAGAAUCCAGGGGCUGCAAGAGGCACUCACAGCUCUUCACCACAACCUCUCCUGCAAGGACGCGGGGCUGGCGGGCCGCCUGCAGGGCGAACAUCUUCUGGCGACGCAGCUCCAUGCCCUGCAGCACACGCAACUGCGCAGCAGAAGCCCGUGCUUCCUUCCUGUCCCGCCUUCCCUUUACGUGUGCACGUGGCCCAAGAGCCGUGGUGGCUGCCCUUGUCCGGUGUGCAGGCGGAACCAGGAAGCGGAGCCUCCUGGGGCCCAGAGGGGCCGCUGGCUCAGCUAG